AGAUCAGGCAUCUAGAGAGGCCGCACGACGUUGAUAACUAGGGGCCUCGCAAACACACUGCUCUACACACAUACAACUGAAGAUGGCGGAUGUGUUGAGUGUUCUUCGUCAGUAUAACAUCCAGAAAAAGGAGAUUGUUGCUAAAGGAGAUGAAGUUAUAUUUGGGGAGUUCUCCUGGCCCAAGAAUGUCAAGACCAACUACAUAAUCUGGGGUACUGGUAAAGAGGGGCAGCCCAAAGAGUACUAUACCUUGGACUCUAUCUUGUUCUUUCUCAACAAUGUGCACCUGCCGCAUCCAUCCUAUGUGCAAAGAGCUGCAACAGAGAACAUCCGUGCUGUCAGACGACCUGAUCGAAAGGACUUGCGUACAUAUCUUAAUGGCGAGAGCUCCACGUCAACGAGCAUCGACAGAAGUGCGCCCAUAGAAAUAGGUCUGCAAAGCCGGACACAAGUCAGAAGAGAAGCUGAUGAGGCAUUUUCUGAAGCCAAAAAACCAAGAGUUGAGAUGGCGGAUGUGUUGAGUGUUCUUCGUCAGUAUAACAUCCAGAAAAAGGAGAUUGUUGCUAAAGGAGAUGAAGUUAUAUUUGGGGAGUUCUCCUGGCCCAAGAAUGUCAAGACCAACUACAUAAUCUCGGGUACUGGUAAAGAGGGGCAGCCCAAAGAGUACUAUACCUUGGACUCUAUCUUGUUCUUUCUCAACAAUGUGCACCUGCCGCAUCCAUCCUAUGUGCGAAGAGCUGCAACAGAGAACAUCCGUGCUGUCAGACGACCUGAUCGAAAGGACUUGCGUACAUAUCUUAAUGGCGAGAGCUCCACGUCAACGAGCAUCGACAGAAGUGCGCCCAUGGAAAUAGGUCUGCAAAGCCGGACACAAGUCAGAAGAGAAGCUGAUGAGGCAUCUUCUGAAGCCAAAAAAAACAAGAGUUGAGGAUGAGGAAUGUGUGUGUCUGGCUGCCCGUCUAGAGGACCAUAAAGAAGGCAAUGUGCAAAGCUGGUGAUGUGUGGCCUGACUUACAUUGGAAUUGCCAUCUCAGACACAGAAGACCGGGGUUUGCUGACCAUCUCUGGCUUCAACCUUGGAGUUUUAGUGUCAUUCGUAAUUUGGCUGAUCUGAUCUGAUAAGAUUUCUGGGACUUUUCCUGAGUAAUGUAAUGAGUGUAGAAUAUGAAGGCCAAUUCAACAUUUGUAGCAAGAGGUUGGCAGGUUAAGGGGAACAAUGCAUGAGUCACAGUUAUAGGGUGUUUGCAGAUGUAGGUUUACUUCGGGGGGAUUACCUGUAGUCUUCAACAUGCAUCUAUGGUAUGAGUUAGCAAGUUUAAUGUAGAGAUACUUAACAUCAAUGAAAGAGAAACCUGAAACAAAGCACACAAAGUCAAUGGUAAAACUUGGAGUUGCUUUUUAUUGUGUUAAUUUCACAGAUUUCUUAGAUCAGAAAAGUGUUUUUCAAGUAUUAACAUCUUGGAUUCCUUUUACACAGUCUUUGCUUUAGCUUAGCCACAAAUUUUAGUUGUUCUAACAUUUGUUUGACCCUAAGCCCAGUUUAUUGUUUUAAAGCUGAGUUUUCUGUUUUCUUCUCGUGAGGUUAUACUUUAAAAGAAAUGUGGUGACACUUUUUAUAAAGUAAAUUUGAAUUCAGUUUUAACAACACACUAAUGCCAAUGUUUGGGAUUUUUUUUGUGUGUGUAAAAAGUUUGUGUUUCAGUCUGAAUUCUCUGCAUCAGAAUUUACAUUUUACUGUAAGAAAGUACUGUAAUAAGCUUUACUUAUCACGGUGUCAUUUCGUCUUCAUAAACAAAAGAACAAUAAACUGACCAUGUAACUGUGAAGGAUGUUUGUCCCAACAUGCUGAUGUUUUCAUUUUUAAUUUUAAAGCAACAUCCAACAUAUAAAAUAUUUAUAACAUGACUGUUGACACAGCGUUUUAGGAGAUGGACAUGAGAUUUGGUCGUUCUCAAGUGUUUCACAACCAUUCUGUUGUAUCUGUCCUGCUUAACAUGUACCUACUGUAGCGGCGAUGUAAAGCCCUUCCUAAUAAACAACUUGCUGCUCUGGAAA